AUGAGUGCAGUGGAAAAGGAAAAGCAAGCAAAUGAAGAACUCAGAAAGAGGGAAGCGGCGGCGAAUGCUGAUGAUAAUCAGUUAUCAACAGAACAAGCUGAACAAGCAAAUGAAGAACUCAGAAAGAGGGAAGCGGCGGCGAAUGAUGAUGAUAAUCAGUUAUCAACAGAACAAGCUGAAGUAAACGGUACCGCUACGAAUAGCAAAGGAGCUGCAAAUAUUGCUUCCUCUACGGCCAGCGAGGGCGGAAUUGAGGAAUUCGAAAAAAGUGGUAUUGAGAGGAAAAGUACCACUACUACUGAUGACAGAAAUGCUACCAACAACGAUACUAUAACUGUAAUCGAUGGUGAUGAUGGUGAAGCUAACGAAUCCGUAAGGAAAGCUGAUGCUACCGGUGACACUGAGAUUUGCACAAGAGACGACGACUGUGAUAAGAAACAGGUAGCCAGCUCAGUAGCUAUCCCCUAG